AUGGCCCAGAAGGCGAAGAAGGAUCGCGCCAAGUCCAACGCGGCGGCGCUCAACAACCUCCACAUCGGCUCUCUCGUCGUCAACGUCCUCUUCCUCCUCGCCCACUUCCUCUUCCGCUCGCGCUCUCUCUGGCUCUAUGGUCUCCUCUCCGCGCCCUCCCUCAUCUGCGAGUACGUCCUCGAGAUUUCCGGUCGCCCCAAGUACGACCCUUCCACACGCGCGCUACGCAGCUCCGGCGAGGACCUCUCCUCUGCCGGUCUGACCGAGUACAUGUUCGACGUCAUCUGGGUCACUUGGGCAUCGGCGAUUCUUGUCAUCCUCUUCGGCAACAAAGGAUGGCUUCUUUGGGUCGUUGUCCCGGCGUAUGGCCUGUAUCUGGGAAGCGGGCUGCUUGGCAUGGGCAGGCAGAAGAUGGCUGAGCUACAAGGCGCUGGUGUUGGUGAUGCGGCUCCUCAGGGAAAUCGCCGGGCGCGCCGGGCUGCUUAA